UUUUUUUUUUAAUGAAACCAAAGGCCCAAAGUCAAUCAUUGUCUAUUCCUCAUGAAAAGGGUUGGGCAGCUAGGGUGAAAUGUACAUGCAAUGCCCACCCCAACAGACACACUAUUCCUGGGUGAGAUGCUGUCCUGCCAGAUGUAUGACUGGCAGCCACUGAUCUAUUGCUUCUGACUGCUAGUGGGUGUCUGCCUUUUCCUUCUACCAUACUUAAGGAUCCCACAGAGGCUUCUGGUAAAUAUAGUAUUUGCUGGAGUCUUUCUGGGAACAUGAGUGACCUAAAAUUGCUUUCCAAUAAGUGGGACCCCAGAAGCACUUCCAGGACUGAAGUUAUGAUGGCUUCUAACUCCUCAGUCAUGCAAGCUUGGAGUCGGGAGAGGAGCAAUGGCAAGGGUUCAACUGAUGAGAAAGAAGAGGAGAAUGCAUUUGGCCAUAUGGACUUUUGAUAUUUUAAUCCUGACUUCAGAAGCAGCAAGAAUAAACUAUGGAAAUGGAGCAAAGUAUAUUUCCAGAUGUAGAUACCCCAUUCAACACAGAGUGGAUCUCUCCAAUAAAAACUUAACUAGAGUGCCAUCAAGCCUGCCUCCGGACAUUCAGUAUCUGGAUCUGUCGCACAACAACAUAAGUAUGAUUGAGAAUGGCGAUAUGAUAGGUCUUCCAAAGCUUUGUGUACUGAAGCUGUCUCACAAUGGUCUCAUGAGAAUCUCCUCUUCGACAUUUUUAAACAAUACUGAGCUACAAGUCCUUGAUCUUUCAUACAAUGCCUUAGAUAUCAUCCCCAACUUGGGGUCACCCACAUUUAUAAGUCUUGAUUUAUCUGGAAAUUUGUAUGAAAAUUAUACUCUUGGAAGCUCUUUCAAAAAGAUGACCAGUCUUCAGUUUCUUGCUCUCGGAAGCCAUAAGGCUAGAUUCAUUAAGACUUCUGAUUUUUUGCCUUUAGGUCAUGGAAAUCUAAAGCACUUAUACUUAGGAGAUGGCAUAGACCUUGUGCAAUAUGAAAAUGGUUCAAUUGCACAACUGGUAAAUUUGAAGGAGAUUACACUUGUGAUGUCAUUUUGUGAGAAAUUUCACUUUUUUGGAGCUAUCCUAAGAGACCUAGAUGAAACUGGAUGCCAGCAGAUUAACCUAGUCAAGUUUAUUCCCAAGCAGUGCAAUGUCUCAGUGGACCCCUUUGUGGAGCUUAAAAACAAACGGACUUCAGUAAAUUUGUUAUUCGCGGACACUUGGUUUAGUAGUUCAGUGAUGACAAAACUGAUUUGGAAUGUGGCUCAGUCACCACUCCAAAUGCUUAAUUUGUCCAAUAUCACAUUCUCCCAGGACAGUUCUGAUGGAGUUCAGUUUCAUGGUGUCCCAGGCUUCAACCAAACAAGCCUCAGAAUGGUUAUUAUAGAAAAUGUUCUACAUUACCAGUACAACUACCCGAAUUUUAAUAUCAGUGUUUCCUUCUUUUAUAACAUUGUAUACAUGAAGUUUUCAGGAACAGGAAUGAACAUCUUUCCUUGUGAUCUAAUAUCCUCCCUUCCUGCCCUUGAGGUUCUGGAUUUAUCAAAUAACCUCUUAAAUGAAGAUGGAUUCUGGUGGUCAUUGUGCACGUUCACUCAUGUCUUCCCUUCAUUAAAGCAGCUGUAUUUGAAUAAUAAUAGGUUCAUUAACCUGGCCAGUAUCUCUAAAAAUGCUCAUGUUAUCAAAGGCUUGCAAGUGCUGGAUCUAGCAUCUAACUCUUUAGCACUUCAAGGUAAAUGCUCCUGGCCUUCUCACCUGACCAACCUUAGUCUGAGCAACAACAAUCUGGGCAAUUCAGUCUUCAGCUGCUUGUCUCCAUAUCUGAAAAGUCUUAAUCUUUCAAAGAUGGGUAUCACUUACAUAACUUAUGAGGUGCUGGCCCAGCUGCCCAACAUAACACACCUCUACCUGAGUUCAAAUAAUAUUAAUUCUCUGCCUGGUGAUCUCCGUGCCCCCUACUUGCAGGUCUUGCAUGUGGACCAGAACAUUAUAAGUGUGAUCAGUAUGUAUGUUCUGCAAGGCAUCCCAAACCUUGAGCAAUUCAAUGCAGGGAACAACCCUUUCAGCUGCAAAUGCGAAUCCUUCUGGUUUGUCAAAUACUUUAAUAAGACUCUGCUCCUUGAUUGGCCGCAGAGCUAUAAGUGUGGCUUCCCAACAGAAAUGGCUGGGAAACUGCUUGAAGAGUACAGACCAAGUGAAGUGACCUGCGAAAUCUGGAUUCAAGUCCUGAUAGCAGUUCCUCUCACCUGUAUUUUUGCUGUAGCAAUUGGAAUUUCAUUUCAUAUGCUUGACGGCAUUUGGUACCUUAAGAUGCUCUGGGUAUGGAUGGCAGUUAAGAGAAGGAGUGGGGAGACAGAGAAAAAGCUGGGUAGUGCAUCUUUCCUCUAUCAUGCUUUCAUUUCCUACAGUCACCAUGAUCUUCCAUGGGUAGAAAGCUAUCUUGUACCCAAUCUGGAAGAGGCAGGCUUCAAACUCUGCAUCCAUCAGCGAGAUUUUGUGCCAGGUGAUUGGAUCAUAGAUAACAUCAUCAACUGUGUUGAAAACAGUUACAAGACACUGUUCAUUCUGUCCAAGAACUUUGUCCAGAGUGAGUGGUGCAAUUAUGAGCUCUUCUUUGCCCAGCACCGUGCUCUCAGCAUUCAACAGGAUUCACUGGUCUUCAUACUCUUGGAGCCAAUCCCAGCAAACUCCUUGCCCAGGAAGUUCUUGAAGCUACGGAGUCUUCUCCAAAAACAGACAUACCUUGAGUGGCCUGGGGAAGGAAUGAAACAGCAGCUCUUCUGGGCCAGUCUCAAAAGAAUGCUUCAGGCAGGCAGCAGCUACAUGUUUCUGAAGAACACUGCUCUUCAAAUGGCAGACUCCGCUCUUGAAAUGGCAGACUCUUGUUCUUUAAUUACUGUCAAAUAAUUAAGGUGGCAACUCUUGAAAUGAAUACAAAAAAGAGACAUAUUGGUAAAUGAUGAAGUACAAUGCUAAGAUUUCAUGAGGAUUACUUUAUGGUUAAGAGAUUUAUUGUAAUGCAAAUUCCACAUUCCAACACAUUCCAUAUCAAAAACAUAUGUGGUAAUAAAAUACAUUAUUGCAAAUGUUUGUGAAACGCCAUCUGUUGGAAUGACAAAUGCAAUGCAUAUGUCUC